AUGUCUUGGGAUCUUGCUCGCCAAGGGAAUUUUCGGCGCCUUGCGAUUUCGCUCGCCAAGGGCAUAUCCGCUGCCUUGGUAUCUUGCCGCAUUGGGCUUGCCGAGUCGUUCGCAGGCGGAGUUGUGGUAUUCAUUGGACUCUUGACGGUCCCUAGCAAGUGCCACGAUUCGAACGGGCUCGAGCACAGCUCGAUGAGUGAGGGCCGGCUUAAGUAG